AUGCCAACCCAAGCGCGCUGCGAUAGAGUACCUCCUACUGACGGAGGGUGGGGCCCUCUGGACCUUCGGGUUCUACAAGAAGAUGAUUUGCCUCUCGACCCCAGAACUUGGUGCCGAGCGGAUGUCGGUACGUGGGUGUCUCGCAGUGGUGGUCUACCAGAACGAUUCCCAAUGAAUGGGAAAGCGUUAUGUCUUAUGUCUCGGGAGAUGUUCGCCGCAAGAGUUCCUCGUAGCGGCGAUGUACUACAUCAAGACUUCAGACGUCGACUGGCGAAAGCGUUAGCACUGCAAGAACUAUUGGAAAAAUUGGCGAAUAAGUAA